UUGUUUGAUAUUGAAUUGUUUCUUCAGCAGUAUUAUUUCUUACAUAAUUCUGUUUGAUUGCAAUCCACUUUACAUUGGAUAAGUACUUACUGACUAUGAAAGAAUGACCCUUACCUGCUUUCUCUUGCUUUAUCUAUCGAUUUCUCUUUUAAAAGGGCUUUAUUCCUUUUAUACGUGGAACUACAAUAAGAGAGAAAAGCAACAUUACCAAACAGUAGGUUUUCCUUGCUGCUCCACCAACCCAUAUAACUUCACACUAGGCUUCCCAUUAUAACGGUGAGACGUUUACAGAUGUGGAGCUGCCUACACUCUUUUCCUGGGACUUUUUGUUCCUACUGGUAAACUUCCAAAUUUUUCGAGUGAGUACUUAGGAAUAAAUUGCUCUUUCUAGGCCCCUGAUUAGGCUGCACAUUGGCAUAAUUAUAGUCGGCCCAACUGCGCUUUACACUUAAAGGCACAGCCCACUGUACGCAUAUUGUCUUGUAAUGUGUGCUUUGCACUCACUUUGAAUAGGUUUUUUUGUAAUGGAGAAAUGGAAAACACUUGGAAAAUAUCAACAGCAAGUAGGCCUUGUGGUUUGCCUGAAAUCCAGGCUGCCGUCACUUACAAAAUAGGAGACCUUUGUUCUUACAGCCAGAACAUACAAACUAUUACAGCAUGAUCACAUACUGCAUGUGUGAAUUACGCUUUCCUUGGCACCGGGCUGGAUCCUGAAUAUUAGGCCAGCAGGAUAUCAGCAAAACCUUACACUGACAAGAGAUUUCAGAUAACUGUAUCUGCAAUCUCUGUCUAUGAGAUUAGACACUAUAUAUAAGCACUUCCUCGGGCCUGCGUUUCCGAAACCCUCUCAUAUCCUAGCAUCCCCAUCGCUGUGCUAAGGCACUGACAGCCUCGGCCAGGACGACCAAGGCAGCUGCUCAGCGCAGUCCGAAUCAAUGGCUGUUUCCAGUUUUAGGUAGAUCUAUUUUGCCUUAAUCCUUGGCACAACAUGCUGCAGCUGCUGAAGGGAGGGGCUGGUAAGUAACUUACAAAUGAUCUGAUUAAUAUUUGUCAGAUCAACAAUGCAAUGGGAGUAUUUUUUUAAACCUCUCCAAAACCCCACCAGCACAUCUGGACACGUGCCCAUGUGCCUGCGUGCAGAUGCCAACACGGGUGUUGAGCUGCCGGGGCAGGCACCGUCUCUUUUGCUCCUGUUUGUCCAAGGAGGAGAGCUCCGGUGGGCUCCUACGCUCCAGCAUAGCGAGACUUCUUAUGCAAACACCUCUCUUUUCUUUCAGCAUCAAUGUACACCGAAAUACAGCGGGAACGACCAGACAGUGGGAAUAUCCUGACUCACCCAGACUACAUAGAUGGAAACCCAGAUCUUAUCAAACCUAAAAAGCUCCUAAAUCCCGUAAAAGCCUCAAAGAGUCACCAAGAGCUGCACAGAGAGUUGCUGAUGAACCACAAAAGAGGCUUGGGCGUGGAGAGCAAGCCAGAGCUGCAGCGGGUGCUUGAGCACCGACGGCGAAACCAACUCAUCAGACAGAAGAAAGAAGAGGAAGAGGCAAAGAAAUUGCAGUCGCCUUUUGAAAAAGAGCUGUUAAAGAGGCACCAAAGGCUGGAUCAGCUGGAGAAAGAACAGGAGAAGCAAGAAGACCAUGCACCAGAAUUCAUUAAAGUCAAGGAAAACCUGAGGAGAACAUCAACAGUGAGUGGGGAAGAGAAAGCGGUGUAGCUUCUGCCAAAACUCAAAAGGGAUCCUACCAAGGUUGUCACUAACCUCCACACGCUGACAUCUCUGUACACGGUGGACAUUCACAGCCGCAUCUUUGGGGCUACUUACUGUUAUUAGCGCUUGCUCCAGUAGAACGCAUAAAAAAAGGUUUUCCCAUACCAGGAAGGUAUUAUAAUGGAAGAGGUGCAGUAUUCACUAGAAGUACUCACACGAGAAGAUGCAGAGAGAAAUGAUGUCACUUCCUUCCCUCUCUCCCCCCGAAUUUGUGGGUGCAUGCUAACCUCCAGCUAACUCUUGGUUGACCCUUGAGACACAAUGCAUGUUUAAGCCAGAGACGCCUGUGGAGGGAUGGGCGUUGCCACGGGCUGGGAGACCCCUGCAUCAGGCCAGAGGCAGGCUCGCCCAGCACAGGGUAGCAGGAGGGUGGCUGCAGCUCUGGGAAACCUCAUGGAAGCCUUUGCGUGACAACCGAAAGGGGACAAUCUGCACAUUACUGAGAACAGCCUAGGUGACCACAAUGGCUUUCCCAUGGGUUACAGGUAUUGUACCACUACACGAGUCAAGCCUCACUGGUAUUAUGUUUCUCAGCGGCAUAUCUCUACCAUUAAACUGUUAGAAAAAAAAUCAACCUCUGCAUCCCCACACCCAUUCAGCAUUGGCUGACAGGGUGCAACAGUUCUUCACGAGCAUCAGUCAAACGGCAUUUCAAAGGUAUUUGAAUAUAGCGAUUUAGCCAGUUCCAUGCACAGGCAGAAAAUACACUGGACUGUACCACAAAUGCUUCGAAUGAGAGGAACAUGCUACAUGCAGAGAUCAAAGGCUGGGUGUUUGCAGUGUGGGUAUUCAUGGAACUGGCUCAAUGACCAGGUAGCAGAUCCCUGCAGAUAGGAAAGGUCAGAGUGGCAGAGAGAUGAAUUGCUUCUUGUCCCUGGACUACUGAGUUUCAGUCCCUCACCCAGCAGCUGGACAUGUGCUACCUUAGCAACCCAGGAAAAAAUACUUGGUAACUGAGGGGUAGUAACGUCACACUGGUGUCAGGCUGCUCUCCUGUCAACCUCUAUGCCCAGCCAUGGAUCACAACUGACAUCUGUAUGUGCUAGGGGCUAUGGGGCCCAUAGAUAACUGCUGCAAAACUAUUUGUCAGUGCUUCUUAUCCCCUUUCCCAGAGGUCAGGGCUGCUUCGUUUCAGUUGCCACCUUGCAAAGCUAAACAUCUCCUGGCUGCUAGCAUAGCAAAGCUGGGGGAGAUGGUGCCUUUGCACCAUUUAUGGUCAGAGCAUACCACAUUUAUGUGGCACCUGAGUAGAAAAUCUGCAAAACAGCUGGACUCUUUCUCCAAAUGCACCUGUGCCUUGAGGGUGCCCUCAUCUAGAGCUAAAAAUUCUCCUUCAGGAAUAUCUCAGCUUCUUGUUUCUCACAUUAGCCCUGAUAUAAAGCCUAGACAGAAUAACUCACCAACUGCCUUUGAAAACCAGUUCUUGAAUGGCAAGACUCAAUGAACACGGUCAGCUGGGAAGGUAACACCUAAUUAAACAAUCCCUGCUAUCCACAUCUCCAGUAGAUCCAUAAUGUAAAUAAAGGCAAACGGGGCAUUUACCCUAUCUUUGUUAAUUAAAAGCUUACUAAUCUAUUCCCUAGUUCCCCCAGUCCAGCAGGGUAUUCCAUUUCAAAGGACUCUUGCUCAACCUGGCAGCUUGAGGAAAACGUCUGACCUACCCCAUCGAGUGUCAAGACCAGUGAUGCACUUACAUGGCUACGACAACAGUCUGAGAUCACAGAAGCCUAGUUUCAGAUCUCGAGAGCUCCAUCUCACAGCACUGUCUCUGUGGUAGUUUUUAGCUCCACACUCAUUACGCUUAUUCUAAACAAGUUUUUAUUUCAGAAAUCCAGUGUACAUGGUCACUAUGGGUCAAACAAAAUCUGAAACAAACUAUUAUGUCCUUCCCAACCAUGCAGCUUUUCAGAUAGUUUAAGACUAAACCCACAAGGAAGAUACUGUAUGGAGCAUCUUUUUUUUUUCAGGGGGAAAAAAAAAAGCCAAAUUUAUCCAAGAGAAAACGGUGUUGCUAAGAAUGUUUUUAUAUAGCUGUAGAGAAAGCUAUAUAAUACCCCAUAAAUAACAUCGAUUUAAAUAACAAACCAGAAAGUACUGAGUUGGGCUUUUGUGAGGGGUUAUAGCGCAGGUUAAGUGAUCUUCAUCAAAAAGCUCAAAAAAAAAAAAAA